AUGGCCUUUCACAUUUGUGCUUGCCUGUGGGCUGUGGCGGCCUUUCAGAGAGCUGUAGGGCUCUCCGAAGAUUGUGCCGAGCGUGAAUGCGGCGCUUUAGAAGAUCAGGCGGAGCAGAAUUCCUUGUUGGCACUGCGCGGAAAGCUCCAAGAAGACAGUCAAACCAUGUCGGAUGCCUCAGAAGAACGACCCCUCCAAUGCACGAAGCUAGGUAUUCUGAAUUUGGAUGGCUAUUACUACCCUACGCAGCCAGGGGACGUCAACGACAGACGCACGUGGUGCACCAUUCACGAGCACCUGGUGGACUCUGCUGGCUAUGACUGCGCACGCCCGGAUGUCGACGAGGGGGAGUUUUCCGUGCGAUUCCAGGUUGUGGAGGGUUUCACCUUCCAUGAGUCGGAGCAGUUGAACCAGACAAAGUUCAAGAAACCUUUCAAGGACGCACUGAGAGUGCUCCUCCGCGAUCCGUCAGCUUCUGCUCAAACAGUCGUUGAGAAGGCAGCCAAGGAGUUGUACCUUCAAGAAGAGGUCACCUUGAAGCCAAUGUUGCUCGGGACUCCUGCGCUCAUGGCGGCGUUCGCAAAGCAACUUACCCCCAGGGGGCGCAACGGAACUUCCAUCAACUGGGACCUCUUUGAGGAUGGGGACAGGGACCGGGUGAUUGUUUUAACCUCGUUUUAUCCAACCCUAAGCUCGAAGUUGGACGAGUUGCUCAAGACUUUCGGCAUCAGGAAGCCUUGGUGCCCAAAAGGAAAGUGCAGUGGCCCAGCGUUUGAGAAGGAACUGGCCGCAGCGAUCACGGAGGUGUUGAAAAUCCACCAAGAACAAGGAGUGGGCUCCGGCGGUUUGCGCAUUGUGGCCGAGGUGAUGGAGGCCCUCGGCGGUGUCAGCCAGGACGACGUCGCCGAGAUGGCGAGGACCACGGCCCGAAACUUCGUUCCCUUGGGUUGGAACAUCAUGCCUGGCUACAUCCCAGUUGAUGUGGGCGGCGGCUUCCACAACACAUGGCUCACGUUGCGGUCCUACCAAAGCCAGUUUGUCCGAGCGGUGCGUCGACUCCAGGCCAUGGGGAAGACAGUCCGAGGAGUCAUCAUGGAAUCCACGGAGAUGCCAGCACAUGCGAACCACAUCCGCUUGAAUUUUAAGCUGCCUGUUUGGGACAUCAGCACUUUGGGUCGGUGCUUGAUGAAGGCCGCACCGAGCUACAUUGAGGAGCAUAAGAAGGUUAAUCCCCAAAACCUUGACUUGUAUGUGGAUCUUUUCAUGAAUGAGGCCUUCAAGCAGUGCAUGAAGGCGUGGUGGCCGGACACGGAGACGAUGAAAAAAGAGCCUGUGCGCCUCGAGCCGAAGUUCGGAACCCAAGCGGACGGCACGCUGAAGUUCUUCGAGAACUUGGACAAUGACACGCUGACGAUGCUCACAUGCACCGGCGGCCGGCCGGGGCCUUCCAAGUACCCCAUUGGACGCAGGAUGGAUCUCUAUGAGACUGGCGUCACCACGGGCAAUGGUAUGGGGGUUGUGAGCCCGAUUUGCCGCGAGACGGAGCUCUGCUCUUGCUCUGCCACAUCGCCGGCUCCUGGCCCUGGUUGUCCCGGGCCCUGCCCCGGCGCAGGCAACUGUGGCGGUGGACCAUUUGGCUAUCAAAUGACCGUGCCAAUGGGCGAAAUGAACUACCCAUGUGGCGUGACCGGAUGGCUCUGCGCCACGAAAGAAGACAUCCCCCCUCUCUUGCGGUCGCCGAGCCGUUUCGUGAAUCCUGGCAACGGCUUGGCCUGCCCGGUCGAGCACAACGCCAUGGGCGCUUUCGCUCUACCCGGCACCGAAGGUCCAGUGGUACUCGCCAACUCCACGGAAGCCAAGCCGCGAGAUGCUUUGCAGCACCAGUGCGAUGCUGCAAAGCAUUGCUGCUAUGCAGUCAUCCAAGUGUUCACGUCAACGAAUCCCCUCGGCAUUGUCUUUCCAGAUGAGACAACAACGUAUCCGAUGUAUCCCUUUCCGAAAGAAGAGAAGAAGUUGAUGGAGGCUGGGGGUGCGAGACAAAGUUCUACCCGAGCCCCAGAAGGUUUGAUGGUUGUCAGCGUGGAUCGGGCUUUAGACUUGCUGCCGUCUGACAACUUUGGACCGCAUUGCUAUUGUGCGACUGCAUACUACCCAGGAGAGGGUGAGAACGAGAUCAACUCGAGGAAGACGGAGUUUGUCCGCGGGAACGCAAAUCCUGCGGACCCUAAUUCUGAGGAUUGCAUGCUUCACAAGACUGUGCUGGUGCCGUACAACAAGAGGCAGCAGCUGUUGAUGGUGGAGAUCCACGAAGUGGAUCCCGAUGAUUCAGAGGUAGAGGACUGCUUGAUCGGCCGGGCAACGCUCCCGCUUGCCGAUCGGAAGAUUGAGUCCUCCGCGAACUGGCCCCUGAUUCGUGGGCUGGAGUGCAGUGGCACGCUCACGGUGCAGGUCAAGAUCCCCAGCCCCGAGGACCCUGCGGGCCCGACCACUCCCAAGACGAAGCGGUCUACGGCCUCGAGCUCUGGUGGCAAGUCGCGCGUCUGGACACCGCAGGUGGCGGGCUUUCCGGAGCCGAUCUCGCCGCCGAGCCGAAAGUGCAGCGAGCGCAGCGCUCCGCCCGAGGGCUUCCCGGAGCCCGUCUCCCCUUCCAGCGUGGCGCGCCCCACCCUCCUUGAGAGCCUGCGGCACAAGAGCGCAGCCGACGAGAAGAGAGGCAGCCCCUUCGAGUCCUUGGAGCCCUUUGAGGGGCCACGCUGGAGCCACAUGAAGGGCCUCUCUACAGUGUCAACUGGCUCUGUGGCUUGUGAUGUGUGGCUGGACACCGUGCGAAGGGGGCCAGGCAGGUGGCGUAGGCUGCAUUCCGCAGAUGUGCUUGUGCUUGGCACCCCUUGA